GCAAAUAGAAUACGUAUAUCAUUAGGAAUACAAAAUGAAUACAACAUCAAUACGACGUGAUUUUCCCCUUCCUUUCUCCAAUCUCCCUCCUUUUCUUCAGUUCUUCACCGUGUUCUUCAAUCUCAAAAAAACUCCAUUGUUCCAAAACCUUCGUACCCAGCUCAAGUUCCCGCGCUCCAUCAACCGAUUCUCUAUUAUGAUUCCGACAAUCAAUGAAAUAACUUCAAAAUGGGCUUAAUUCUUAUUUGGAUUUUCGAGGCAUAAAUUGGGGAAGAACAUCAACCCUAAUUUUCUGGUAUCGAAGAUCUUAUUGGAGGCGGUUUGGAGUACUAUUCUAUAUAGAGAAUGUAAACGAAGACACUGAUGAUAUGUUUGAUGAUCUCUAAUUCUCUUCGAAAAGCAUGGACAAGUGGUCUUUAGUAGAAAUGAUCAAAAGCCCUAUGGUGCUGAAAUUGAUGAUGAUGCUGAGAGUUUAGCAUGUAAGUACAAUCCAUGUUUGUCUAUUAAUAGUCUAGGAUGACUUCUCUUUCACGAAUAAGAGUAGCUAUGUUUAGAUCUCCUUGGUAGUGUUACUUCAAUUGCCUCUGUCAUGCCUUCAGGAAAAAAGAGAUUGAGGUCUUAUGGUUUUCCAUAAUCCUGCAAACAUUUACAAAUCACUCACCAAUACCUGACCUCCUGGAGGCGGAUGAACGCACCAAUGGAUUUUAAAAUUUGUAAAUCUUAGUUAAGGAUUUGACCUUUUACUUAAUGUUAAUAAUAUAUGGGUAUUUUGGUGAGCAAAUCGGCAGUUGGGAACUUUGAAGCAAAAUGGGAUUGGCACUCAUGGCGCACAACCUUAUCAAUGUCUUUCUCCCCUUUACCGGAAUCAAUGGCGGGAGCUAUCUUCCAUGGUUUAUUACAGAGCAGUUGGCUCAUAUGUAUGUGCAGGGUACAUCAUAAUUUAGCAUCACUUUCAGCUGGCAUGACUUGUGCUUUUGAAUAUCAAGUUCAAGGUCAUGAUGGGUACUCAACAGUUGGAUACUUGGAUGAGCUUUCACACAAUUCCAUGUUGCUGUACCUCGAAGAGGUUAAAGCCUGUCUGGUGUGGUCGGAACUCCAGCUUAUGUUGCUCCGGAAAUUUUGGCGGGUAGAUAUUCUUUAAGAUUCUGAGUCAAUUUGGAGUAAUUGCACCUGAUCUUGAGCAAAAGCAGAAGAGUAUGGAAAGCUGCUGAUAUAAGGAAGGCUCUAAAAGAAGGAAGAAAGCCUGGUCCUCCUGGUGGUGAGCAUUUAUGUCAAACUGGCUUCAUUAGGGAUCCUACUCUUGUACUAAACAAGACUUCACGGAGGCCACUACUGUUGAUUUCAGAGGACCAAUAAGGCGGUAGGCUGAGGCGGGUGUUAGUAGAUGAUAAUGAAGCCAUAUUCGGAGUAUUAAUUAGAGAUUCAGGCUGAUUUAGGAUUAGUGGUUUGAAGAACUCAUGAUAGCUCAAAAGUUGGGAGAUAAUGACUCUACAUAGAAGAGAAUGUAGGUAUAUAAAGUGUAAUGAAACAUAUACUCAGUAUAGAAUUGCAUGUAUAUAAAAUUGAUUCAAGUUUCCUCAGGUAAACAACAACUCACUAGACUAUUAUUAAUGUGAUCAUUCAUUUUAUUCA